CAUCAGUUUCAAAUCUCCGGUGCGCCAGGCAGAAGGCUGCGCCCGCGUGCGUGUGCGCCCGCCUGUGCAAACAGCCGCGUCUCGCUCUGCUCGCGGGGCGGGACGCGUCAUCCGUGACUGCCGACCCGCACCCACUCCGGACCCCCGAGCUCUGCUCCCGUGGCAAAAACUGCCUUCGGUGGAUGGAAGCCUUAGCAUCGCGAAACGGGACGUGCGGGGCGAUCGGGAAGUAACAGCUCCUGCUCACAAGAAUGCUCGCUGCCUGACAAGAAGCUAUUGCAGCAGGAGUUGGUUGCCUCCGUGGAUGAAACUCCUCUGGGGAGACAGAAAUUGAGAGAGAGACAGAGAGAGAAAGCAUAGAUCCCCGCGAGUGCUUCUUGCUCGACCCCAACUUUUCAGCUCAGCCUCCCAGCCUUGGCUAAGAGAUGGAUCAGGAUGGCAUUGAUCUUCACAGAAUUCCCCGCGAGUCGUACACUGACGGCUCAUUUCAUGGGGUGGAGUUUCUGCCAGAGGAUAUCAGAGACGCUCCCAAUGAAACAACAAUGAGGGUGAAUGAGAAAUACUCCACGUUACCUGCCGAGGAGAAAGGGAUCCACAUAAUCAACAUCAGAGCUAUUGAAGAUAUAGGAUACGUUCGCACGGAAAGCACGGUGAGUACAGCCACUAAUGCAUAUCCUAACGCACGAUGCAAAUUUGUUUUUUUCCACAAUGGGAAAAGGAAAGUUGAUUACAUUCUGGUUUACCACUACAAGAAGUCAUCUUUCAGCAGAACACUCACUCGACGAAUCCAUUUCAAUGACAUGGGGUCUCGGAGCAUCAAACAGGAUCAACCACUUCCAGGAAAAGGAGGACACGUGGAUGAAGGUGAACCCCACAUGGACUACCAUGAAGAUGACAAGAGAUUCCGCAGAGAAGAGUAUGAAAGCAACCUUAUGCAGACAGGUCUUGAAUUGGAAAGAGAUGAAGAUACAAAAAUACAUGGUCUUGGAUUUGUAAAAAUUCAUGCCCCAUGGAAUGUUUUGUGCCGGGAAGCUGAAUUUAUGAAAUUGAAGAUGCCCACAAAAAAGGUGUAUCAAAUUCAUCAACCACACGGCCUUUUGAAAAAAAUCAAUUCUGUAAUUCAAAAAAUAACAGAGCCCAUCCAACCUAAAGUGGCAGAACAGAAGCAUCAGACAGUGAAACGCCUCUCCUACCCCUUCUCCAGGGAGAAACAACACUUAUUUGAUCUCUCUGAUAAAGAAUCAUUUUUUGACAGCAAAACCAGAAGUACCAUAGUUUACGAAAUACUGAAAAGAACUACAUGCACGAAAGCCAAAUACAGCAUGGGGAAAGGAGAGGGAAGAAAGAAGGAAACUACCCUUUUAAAUAAAAGCGGAAAAUGUGGUAAAUAUGGGAUCACCAGUCUGCUUGCCAAUGGCGUUUACAGUGCUGCAUAUCCCUUGCAUGAUGGUGAUUAUGAAGGUGAACAUGCUGAGCCCAAUGACAGAAAGCUCCUAUGUGAGGAGUGGGCAAGCUAUGGCAUCUUUUAUAAGUACCAGCCAAUUGACCUAGUGAGAAAGUACUUUGGGGAAAAGAUUGGACUGUAUUUUGCCUGGCUGGGAGUUUAUACACAAAUGCUUAUUCCAGCUUCCAUCGUGGGGAUUAUUGUGUUCCUGUAUGGUUGUGCAACAGUGAAUGAGAAUAUCCCAAGCAUGGAGAUGUGUGACCAGAGAAACAAUAUCACCAUGUGCCCCUUAUGUGACAGCACAUGUAACUACUGGAAGCUAAGCUCUGCUUGUGCCACAGCUCGGGCAAGCCACCUUUUUGAUAACCCAGCAACUGUCUUCUUCUCAGUCUUCAUGGCUUUGUGGGCUGCUACAUUCAUGGAACACUGGAAGAGAAAACAGAUGCGUCUGAACUACAGAUGGGAUCUCACUGGGUUUGAAGAAGAGGAAGAGGCAGUCAAGGAUCAUCCAAGGGCUGAGUAUGAAGCCAAAGUAUUAGAAAAAUCACUAAGGAAAGAAUAUAGAAAUAAAGAGAAGGGCCAGCAAUUGCCAGAAGAGGCAGCCAACAAAUGGCGGCAAAGAGUUAAGAGAGUCAUGGCCGGGGUGAAAUUGACUGAAAAAGAAAAACUGACUUGGAAAGAUCGUUUUCCAGCCUACUUCACAAAUUUUGUGAGCAUUAUUUUCAUGAUUGGACUGACAUUUGCUAUUGUUUUUGGGGUUAUUAUAUACCGAAUCUCUACUGCAGCAGCUUUAGCCAUCAGUUCCUCUCCAGGUGGCCGAUCUAAUGUUAGAGUAACUGUCACUGCAACGGCAGUGAUUAUUAAUCUGGUGGUGAUAAUAAUCUUGGAUGAAGUGUAUGGAUGCAUAGCCAGAUGGCUGACCCAGAUUGAGGUUCCAAAAACAGACAAGAGUUUUGAAGAACGUCUUAUCUUCAAGGCCUUCCUUUUGAAAUUUGUCAAUGCCUACACUCCCAUUUUCUACGUUGCUUUCUUCAAGGGCCGAUUUGUUGGACGCCCAGGAGAUUACGUCUACAUUUUUCAUUCAUUUCGAAUGGAAGAGUGUGCUCCUGGUGGUUGCCUAAUGGAAUUGUGUAUACAGCUGAGCAUUAUUAUGUUGGGAAAACAGCUGAUUCAGAACAAUCUUUUUGAAAUUGGCAUCCCAAAAAUGAAAAAAUUUAUACGCUACAUGAAACUAAAACGACAGCGUCCCAUAGACCAUGAGGAGCAUUUCAAGAAAAAACAACGCUAUGAAGUAGAUUAUAAUCUGGAGCCUUUUGCUGGCCUAACUCCAGAAUACAUGGAAAUGAUUAUCCAGUUUGGGUUUGUUACCUUGUUCGUUGCCUCUUUCCCACUGGCUCCCUUGUUUGCACUACUGAACAAUAUCAUUGAAAUACGUUUGGAUGCAAAGAAGUUUGUCACUGAGCUUAGGAGGCCUGUUGCAGUUAGAGCAAAAGAUAUCGGAAUAUGGUAUAAUAUACUCAGAGGUGUAGGAAAACUUGCUGUGAUCAUAAAUGCAUUUGUGAUCUCAUUCACAUCUGACUUCAUUCCACGCCUCGUAUACCUGUAUAUGUACAGUGAGAGUGGCACCAUGCAUGGCUUCGUGAACCAUACGCUAUCCUAUUUUAAUGUCAGCGAUUUUCAAGACGGAACAGCUCCCAAAGAUGCAAUGGAGCUUGGCUACCCAGUCCAAAUAUGCAGGUACAAAGAUUAUAGAGAGCCUCCAUGGUCUGAAGAUAAAUAUGACAUUGCAAAAGAUUUCUGGGCUGUGCUUGCGGCAAGAUUAGCAUUUGUAAUAGUCUUCCAGAACUUGGUUAUGUUUAUGAGUGACUUUGUGGACUGGAUUAUCCCAGACAUUCCUAAGGACAUUAGUCAGCAAAUUCAUAAAGAGAAAGUUCUAAUGGUGGAAGUCUUCAUGAAAGAAGAACAGGGAAAGCUGCAGCUUCUAGAAACCUGGAGAGACAAGGAUAAAAGGAAAGGUGAAAAAUGUAACAACCAUAGUCCCAGGUCGUCGAUGAGUCAUAGAGGAAGCGUGUCUUCCUGUCAUUCAUGCCACACUGAUGUGUAGAAGAAGAAGCUGUUUUUAUGCCUGGGCAUUCCAUUCAUAAACAAGCCAUUACUUAAACAAUAGAACUUGAUACUUUAACAAGAAUCAAGAAUCUUCUGGUGCAUGUUUAAGCAUAUGCAGCCAUUUUGCUUAUAUCUAUGUGAGAAAUCAUAUUCUUACAAAAAUGGAGGACCAUAUUUUGUUUCUGACUAGAAAUUAUUAUUUUUUGCACAAAAAGUAAUGCAGGGAUUUUUUUACACACACAUAUAUAGAUAUUACAUUGUUCGCUUAUAACUAUCACUGUUUUUAUUUUAGAAGGAGGAAGCACUCUGUAGGCUAUUCUCUGAGAAUUUUAUUUUAGCUUAUUUAUUGAAAAAUGACAGAGGUAAGAAUCAGAUUAGAAGUAUUGCUACAAUAAUGGGCUCCCCAUUCCUGAUAAGCUAUAUGGGAGUAUUACAAUAUGCAAAACAAAACAAAAAACAGUAUACUGUGGAGUGCUUCCUUAAAAAGCUCUGGCUAAAAAGCUCUGGACUUAAAUCUGCCAACCUGUUGUGAGCAGAAUCCAUGCCGAAUCUCCCUGGCUAUCUUCUGAACACACUGUUUUUUCUUACGUGCAAGCAGUGGCAAGAAUAUUUUAUUUUUCAUCUGGGGCUCUUGCCUCAGCAGAAUUCUAUUAAUCAGUUUGGCUGCACUUCACUCACUCUAAUGAACAAAGCAAUUGGAGUAGAAUUGCUACCUUCAUCCAAGUGCUCCGGAGAGCAGCUCACUUGAAUAUCUUUCUUCUCAAUGUGAAAGAUGAUGGAUUUGUGAGAGGGCAUUUAGUUCACUAAUCUAGAGUGUGUCUAGUGCACAUUCCGGAGGGGUCAAGAGGACAAGAAAGAAUACUAGCAACAGCACAAAUUUCCCCAAGCACGGAGGGGCCUUUUUAAAAAGUGCCCUGAAUCAAAGAGCACAUGUAGAACUACUGGCAAAUCACACUGCCCACCACAAACUUAGAAGCCUUGGAAUAGACUGUAUAAGUGUAUUCUCUGAGCAGUUGUGCUCCCAUGUUAUCCAUAGCAGUUACAGUCAGAAGCCCUCUAUCUGCGGAUGUAACAUCAUUUCCACCAUCAUAGCUCACCGCAUCCUUCAGUGCAUCAAUUUAUAACCCAGCAGCCUGAUUCCCCAAUAAAACAUCCAGAUAUUCUUACUUAUCUCUCUUGCUCUCCUUUACAGCAGAAUGAUCAAAAGGUUGAAGUACCUUCUCCAUGAGCAUUUGAAAUGUUUUACUUUUAAAAAAAUAAAUGUUAUACAAGUUUAUACAGUAAGGAAAGGCAUGGAGAUAGUGAAUACAGGCAGCUUUGUACUCUUUCUUUCACCAUACUAAAACUCAGGGCCACCCUGUGAAAUUGUUCAAUGGUAAGUUCAGAAUAGGCAAAAGGAAAUGUUAUUUCACACAAUAAGUAAUUCCCUUAUUGAAUCUCCUACCAUAGGAUUUGGUGAUGGAGAGAAGUUUAGCUGACUUUUAAAGUGGAUUAGGCAGAUCUACCGUGAGCACAGGUCUAUCAAUUGCUGUUAGCUCUGAUAAAUAAAUAAAACACCCAUGCUCAGAAGCUAGGUAGCUCUGAAUUUGAUGUGCUUGGGCUAGUCAACAGGAAGGGGCUGUUGCUUUUAUACCCUGCUUGCAGACCUCCAGAAAUAUCCAGUUAGCUGUUGUUGGAAUCAGGAUGUUGGAUCUACAGUCUGAUCAAAUAGGGUGAUGGGCUUGCUUAGUCAUCUUUUUAAGGGCACAUGCAGAAUCUGUUUAAGGAGGUUAAAGUAAGCCCCGGCUUAUUUUCCUAGAAAAGUUACUGUGUGUCUAAAUCCAUUUAUAUUCAAUUGAAAAUAAGAACCAGAAAUGAUCUAGUAGAAUUAAGAACCAUUACAGUUUUCUACAGGGUAAGAUUCCUCUGGGCUAAUAUCAGUUGUUGGCAUUCUUAAACAGGAACCCCAAAAAUGGUAAUGAAAGGGAGGAACCAUGUGGACUAGUUUUGCAUCUAUCUUUCCUCUCUGAACAGCUAAAGCUGAAGGCCCUAAAUUGGCAUUAAGCCUGCUUUGCAGGAACAGCUGAAGUAUGAGGGAGAAAGCAUAACAGAAACUGUGAUGGGUAAUGGUACCUUAUAGAAUCUGGUAUGGAGAAAUUCCUAAAUAUUCAAAGAUCUUUGAGGGCUGGUUUUUCUUUUUUUACUGAUGAAAAAUCAAGAUACCCUUUGGAGUUUGGGUGAAUAUGGGAUAGCAUUUUCCUUGUAUUAUUACAUUUUGGACCAGGUAAUCCUGCUCCAAAAAUAUCUCUUAAUUUUUCUAGUUUAUUAGAUUAUAUGCCUUUUUCACAUAUAAAGCAACACUACCCCAAUAUACCCCUCCCUGGCCUUUCUAUGUAAUAUAUAUUCAGGAAUACUGGUAUCCCACCAGUUCUAUCCAUUCCAGUGGUUUCAGAUAUAUGUUGUUUUUUAGCACCAGGUGCACCAGUUCCCUUGUCUUGGCCUGAAGGCAUUUAAUAUUAAUGUGUACGUUCUUUAUACUACAUCCCUUGUUUUAAAAAAGUGUGCAAUUUCUCUUAUGACCAAAUGGAGCACCAUGAAGAAAGAUCCUUUUUCCAUAUGUUGAUGUAAUAUGUAUUACAACAGAACACAGUAGCUUCACUCUAGUAACAGCCCUGUCCAGUCAAACCAGAAACAAGAUCCUGGCAAGGAACACCUACAUAGCUUUUGAGGUUGGUUUUCACUUCAUGUUUUGUACCAGGGUAUAGAUAACCAAGUACGAAAUACACAUGCCUCUCAUCAAAUUUGAAGGGCAUACAUAUGUUAAAUUUUAUGUAUACUUCCAUAUAUUUGGAAACAGCAGAUGAGAUUGGACACGAUCAAGGUUCACAGAAACCAUAUAGCACUUUUGAGGGUUUAGAGUUCUUGAGACAUAUUACUUUGUUGAAAAACAAGAGAAGCGUAUUUUGUACACAAACAUUAGUGCAACAUAUAAACAAUAGUAGUAGCCAGCAUGUAACACAUGCCGAGGGGCUACCAACCUCCUUUGGUGCUUUUAGGCUGUAUAUAUCCAGUUCCUAGAAUGAGGAAAGAAAACGCAGGGGAAAUCAGUGUAGGGUUUGCUAGGCGACCAUCGCAUCCACUCCAUGCUAUUGCCAAAUAUUUGGGAGCAGCUGGCACUGGUGACAGGUUCUGGGAAGCCAAAGCACAUGACAACAUUCCUUCCAGUGCCAGCAUCCGGGAAAUGUAACCCAGGAAGGAGGGUCUGGAUUACAAGUUCUAGACCUAGAACAUCCCUGCCAGAACUGCAGUUAAAUAUAGUGUCAGGUCUACUGUUUUGGACAAGAGUUACGGAGUUGCUGUGACACUAUGGUAUUACAGAUAAGGUAAGCACAUUGAUGCAGAUGGACACACACAUGAAAAUAAAGCAAAAAUGGUAACCCUCCCCCCCCCAGGGAAAAAUGAAAAGUCUUUGCUUUUAAAAACUGUUCAUAUAUGUGUGCUCCUAAGAAUGCAUCAGUUCCAGCUUACCUACACACUCUAUGCAGCUGUAUCUUAGGGGAAAACCUGUGACUUCAGUCAAUACAAAUUUAAUGUAUAGUACUGUCUUCCUAUGUAUGAGCUGUAGCACAUAGUAUAUUAUACAAAUUAUUCAUGUGUUGUAUAAGUUGAAGGUGAAAUUUAGUUUUAAUAGCGAAUGAAAUUAGAAAUAAUUUUAGAUCAGUUUUAUUCACAACUGCCAAAGUCUGGCAAUAUAUUGCAAGUUAACCUACUGUAUGGUUUGUUACAAAACCAAACAUGCAAGACUGUUAUAUACCAAUAAACAUUUGCUGCAAAAUAAUGUAAAAUAAAAUCAAAAUCACUACACAGUUUUUAAUAUUUAUUAGUUUCAGUAUAAAGUAAUGAAUAUUGUAAUGAAUUCAAGCCUUUUUAAUAUAAUUUGUCCACAAAGCUCCUUAUGUGGAAGUGAAUUAUGUUAACAAAAUACUGUCCAAACAUGUUUAAAAUAUCAACCUAACCAAAGAUUGUUCUUAAUAAAGGGCUUAUUUUGUGUAUAACUGCUUCUUAUAUACUGAAUUGCAGGAAUGUCACUUUUAACUAAUAAGAAUAAGAGUAAUUAGGAAAAAAUAAUAAUUGUAGCCAGCCUUGUCUGCCAUUUCUGACUUCAGGAUUAACAUAAGACAAUACAGUUUGUUUUUAUUUGACUUUAUUCAACAGUUGCCUUUGGAAAUAGUAGGAGCUUCUUACAAUAUGGAACAGCUUCUACACAUGUAGGUUGGCACUUCUGCCAACCUAUAAGAUGUGGCCCAUGUGUAGUAUGAACAAAGCAUUAUUUGUCACUUGAAAGGUGACUCCAUUUGGAUAUUACAUGAAAUUUUUCAUUGCACACCACUCCCUGAAUUUGGAUUAAAAUGUUCUGUACCAGAAUCAAAAGUCCUCUGUGUAGUCACAAAAACCACCAGUUUGUUUAAUGUAAAGACAUUUCUUAAACCUUCACUUAGGCAAUAGCAUUCAAAUUAUGUUAGGACUGACCACUCAGAAAUGCUAAUCUGUACAGGUAGCAUUACGCACAGAACUUUACACUAAACUGUUGGCCAACAAUGUCAGUUUUGGCAGUGUUCAACAUCUGUUAGAUUGAGAAGGAAUGCCAAAUAAUCCAUCCCAUCAACACCCAGUACAGAAGGGGGUGUAUACAGAUGCAAAUUCUAGUUGAGAAACUGUUAACUGCAUUACAUGGGCACAUGUGCAAACUUUUUCCAUGGAACAAACUUAGGGGAAGCCUUUUCUGAUUUCCAGGGGAAGCCGGAUUUGCACUGAUUGGAUGUUUCUUGUGUCAGUCAAAGAACAAAUCCCCUGCUUCUCCUGCAGCCAUUUUUAAAGGGUGAAACAAAGUAUAAUUGUGUGUUUGAAAACAAGAACAGCAGUCUUGACACAUGAAACAGGUGCAAUUGGAAGACAUUAGAUCUAGAAUCUAUGCAGCUGCACCUUAAGGUAGAAAGACAGGAGAAGCAGAACUCACCUGACAGCAGAGGAUCCUGUGCCCAAUUCUGUUGUCAUAAAUGUCUGCACCUGACAAUAGGACUUCUUGAUAGCACAUUUAGACAUUUGCAGCAGGGGUGGGUGAAGGGCAGAUCUCUCCAGAAGCACUUGCCAGCCUGGCCUUUGGUCAGGAAUGGUGGCACUCGAAGUCUGCAACAUCAGUGCAAGACAUGAUGCAUUCCCCCACAAAACAGAGACAGGACUGUAUUUAUAAGAGCGGACUACAUAAGAGAGCCUGCUGUAUUAGGAUGAAUAUCAGUGAAACAGAGACAUAGUAAAAAAAGAUAAGAGGUGUUUUCCUCUUCUUUUCACGAGGAAGAGUUAAUCCCUUUUUAAUGUUCAUCUUAUUGUUCUCUCUGGCUAGUUUACAUUCAUGUAAAAUGUAUACUUUAGCUUUUAUGCCCCAUUAUUUUCAUUAGAUGAAUGUACUACACAACCAUAAAAAUUGUAUAGUCCAUUUCAUGCUUGAUCAACUCACAAUUUUAAAAGUGGAUGGAUGGCCCAAUGUAGUAAUAUACUCUGAAAAAACAGCGCAAAAUAAAGAAAUUGUAAUGAAUGAUCUUGAAAUGUUGGCCUAAUACUGACAUUCCUGUAAAUGCUAUAUACUUAGAAAUGUUCAUUAGUUUCUGAGAUCAUUAAAUAAUAACAACUGCUUAUGCUUGUUUUAUAGUUUCUUUUGUACUGCAUUUUUUUGAAAAAGGGUUU